AUGAGCCGUCCGACUGCCGCUCGCAAUUCUACCACGUCUUCUGGGGCAGAGAUGGAAACACUUGUGCUGCGAGCAACGCCGUCAAUUAAACGCUACAAUAUCGCACGUUUUGAUGUGCCAAAUCCUCCGCGCUUUAGCUCGUGUCCGCAGCCCGUCAUGAUGUAUCGAGAACCAGAGCGCGUGGACGAAGAAGAGAAGGAAGACGAUGCGCCGGUGGGCUUUGACCCAGCACUGCGUAAGCGUCGCAGGCGCCGUCGAAAAGAUAAUCGCACGGCCGGUUGGGUUAUUGAGGACAGUGAGGGAAAAAACAAAUUCCACGGCACGUUCGAGGGUGGCCAGUCGUCCACGUACAUGCUGCUGGUCAAAAAUCGUCACAAUGACGAAUUUAAUGUUAUGCCUGUUGAGCAGUGGUUUCGUUUCAAGAAGCCGUUAAAUUAUCGCACUCUUACGCUCGAGGAGGCCGAGGAAAUGAACAAUGAAAAGAAACGUGCCGUCGAGCGCUGGCUGAUGAAGCACAAGCUCGCAGGGGAGGACAAAAACGACACGGGAGGGGAUACUGUGAGUGCUCCUCGUGUCCGUACGGGCGCUUUGGCCUCAUCAUCAUCAGCCUCUCUUAAAGCUAAAAGUGACGGUGAUGACAUCUUUGGAAGCACGUCGGAAGCGCGUCCUCGGCGUGUUGCGCGGCCUAAGACUCGUGCUGGCGAAGGAGCUACCGGCGAAGAUGGAGGAGAUUUUGAUGAAAAAUUCGAUGACGAUGAAAGCGAUGCUGAGAUCCAUCAUGACGAACCUCAAGGAUUGGAGUCAGAUUCGGAUGAGGACGAGUUUGAAGUAGAUCCGGAAGGAACAGGAAAGUUAACGGAAACAGGACAAGCUAUGAAAGAUUUGCUUAAGCGCGCACAGAGUGGAGAGAUGCUGGAAGUCCAGAAGGAAAAGGAAGACGAUGAUGAUGAUGACGAGGAGGAUGACAACUUCACUGCAAAGGAUAUGGAUGUGAUUAAGCGCGAUUUAGGUGGAAACAUCAUACGUGAUCGCUCUACUGCGGUUGGAGACAAUGUUCCGAUAGAAGUCAAGUCUGGAGCUGGAGGUGUAGAAGGCAAUGCUGUAGACGUGAAUGGAAAGGGAAAGGCUAUAACAGCAACUGGUAAUAGUGUCACUGGAAAGCGCAAGGAAGAUGAUAGUCGUUCAAAAGAAGAUACACCCACAAAAGCUGCUAAAACAACGGCUGCGUCGUCACAGAAAUUAACGGAAGCUGGUGUGCAGCAAGAGCUGAUUCGAUAUGGUGGACGCAUGCGAACACGUGACCUGCUUCGCAAAUUGAAAAAACUAAUUAUUACCGACAACGAUAAAGCGUUGCUCAAGGACAUUUUACGUACGAUUUGCGAUGUCGAAGUAGACGCGAUCGAUGGUCGUCUACUGGUUUUAAAGUCUCAAUUCCGUUAG